AUUUAAUGUCCGAUCGAUUGCUUCCAAGGACAGCUAGAUAAUCUGCAUAUCCAAGGAUUUGGUGAUUCAUUUCGACGAGGAACACUCUAUUUUCACGUGUUGUCCUUAUCGCGCUUUUCCUUCUUGUUGAGAGCCCAUCUUCCUGCCAGUUCGAACUUCAAGAGCAGUUUCGUAAAAGGCCUUCGCGACUAGGCGAUCUAAUGGAUACGGAAGACAAGAUGCAGACGGCUUUGCACCUCGCGGCGCAGUGCGGGGACACCGCGGUGGUGAGCGCGCUCAUCGGCGCGGGGAUCGAGGUCGACGUCAAGGGGAAGAGCCAGCGGACCGCGCUGCACUGGGCAGCGGUCAUCGGGCACACCAAGGUGGUAGCGGCCCUCCUGGAGGCGGGGGCGGCGCUCGACGUCAAGGACGAGAACCACUGGACGGCCCUGCACUGGGCCGCGGGCGGAGGGCACGCCGCGCUGGCGGCCAUGCUGCUCGAGGCCGGCGCGGCGGCCAACAUAAAGGACGAGAGCGAGUGGACGCCCUUGCACUGCGCGGCAGCGAGAGGACGCACCGCGGUGGUGAGGGUUCUGCUGCGCGCGGGGGCCGAGGUCGACACGAAGGAUCUGAGCCAGAACACUGCUUUGCACUGUGCGGCGGAGAGAGGACACGCCGAAGUGGUGGAAGCCCUCCUCGAAGCCGGGGCGCAGGCGGACCUGAGGGGCAAGGACCUCAACACUGCCCUGCACCGCGCCGCGCUGCGAGGCCACACGGCGGUGGUGGCCGCGCUGCUCGCCGGAGGCGCGGCGGUGGACGCGAAGACCGCGGAGCACUGCACGGCCCUGCACCUCGCGGCCCUCGAAGGCCACGGCGCGGCGGUGGCUGCGCUGCUGCACCGCGGCGCCGACCCGUUGGCCAAGACAGUCAGCGGCUACACUCCGCUCAUCCUGGCCGCCUGGCACGGCCACCUGGGGGUGGCGCAGCAGCUCCUGGACGGCGGCGCCGAGCUGAACGCCAGGAACGCUGAGGGGAUGACUGCCCUGGGCCGCGCCAAGAAGAGCAACCACAAAGCGGUAGCCGGCUAUCUGAUAUCCAGGGGCGGGGUCCUGUGAGGUUGUUAGCCUGCGUGUCUUCUGUGACAGUCUGCGCGAGUGAGGAGAACUGCCCGUGGUUCGAGGAACUCUUUCAUGUUUGGAAGACUGCGGUGGACCCAAUCCACGCCAAGAUUGGAGUACGUAGAGAAGGACCAUCGGCAAGAAGGUCGCCGCAUUGCGGAACCUCAGGAUAAACCACGAUAAUACCUUGCAGAAGAAAAAUAAUGAGUUCGGUGAACUUGUAAAACUUGUCUAACAUCCACUUCAGAAAACCCGUAAUUUACUUUACCCGUAUUGCCCAUAAGUCAGGGGAUGGAAAAUAGGAUAGUCUUUGAGGUCAAGCAGAACUCAAGUGUCAAUUGUUAUGUAAUUGAUUUUUUUUUGUAUAAACAAAAAUCUGUUCUGAACAUUUAUCUAACAUUUGUAAAAGAACUUUGUUAUUAGUGAUAAUAAAGGCUUUUUUGUUUUUUCGAUUGUAUUCCAAUUUCAUUCUUUUUAAUAAUACUAUUUAACUGUUUAUGAACAAUAACAAUCAUAUUUUUUUUUAUAUAAUAUAAUGGUUUUGGGUUUUUAUCUCGACAAAAAACUAACUUGGAGGACACACAUUAGACAAAAACGUAUGGAAUUAAACAGACGAUACGGUCUUUUAUCUAGGUUACUUUAAAGACGUUCAAAACUUCAAAGUUUUACUAAAACCAAUUUGGACUUAUGGCAUAGAACUGUGGGGUUCUGCUAAAACUUCUAAUAUUAAAAAAAUCC